AUGGUGAACUCAGCGUUUGUAGGCGAACCGCCUGCUACUGAAGAUGAUUUCUAUAUCGUUCGCGGUAUUCUUCGUACAUAUGGCCUCAACAAUCUCAACGCGAGCGCAGGCUUGGUGUUUUCGAUCCAGCGACCUGAAAAUCCACCCGACGAGUCGAAGAAACCUGCAAUCUUGGCGGGUAUGAUCUUGGUUAUACUGGCGAUUGUUGUACCGACGGUUGCAAGAGUUAUCAUUCGUCUCAAGGGCGCGAGGACACAGUUUGGAGCAGACGACUUGGCCAUUAUAGCCGCUGCAUCUUUGGCCGUCAGCUAUCCAUGCAUUGUUAUAGCGAUGCUCGCGGAAACAGGCGCCGGUCGACAUACAUACGAAAGCACCUACGAAGAAUACAACCUCUAUUUCUACUACCUAUCGGUAUGCAGGAUCAUCUUCUACGUCUCGGUCGGGUUGAUCAAGGUUUCGAUCACAUUGUUCGUUCGUCGACUUGCGGAUAGAGCAUCGAAGAAGUGGAGGCUCUUUGCGGAUAUCUUUCUUGGCACGGUGGUGAUCUACAUCCUUCUCGCGAUAUUUUGGUUCGUGUUCACAUGCAAUCCCAUUCAGUUUGCGUGGGACAAGAAGUUUGGUGGUUCUUUGGACAAGCCACCAGUGUGCAUAAACACUGGUCUACAGAAUAAAUUCUUGAGCAGCAUGCAUGUUGCGCAGAGUAUUGUUCUUCUUCUCGCACCAAUCAUCAUCCUUUGGUACGUCAAGAUCAACACCGCCAAAAAAGCCCGUCUCUUCUUCAUCUGGCUUGUCGGCGGUACAACAGUCCUUGGUGGACUCCUUCAGCAAACAAUGGUCACCAUAACCAACGACUCGUGCUGGCAAUUCACAUCCGCCAUGCGCUGGACCGUGCUGGACCUGACAUUCGGCACACUUACCGCCUCACUCCCUGUUUUGGAUGCAGCGAUAAUGGGGACGUGGAGCUCCAUAAAGACAAAGAUUGGAACGUCGGGUUCCCACUCGAGAUCUAGAACGCAGGGAUGGACGGACCUGGAGCAUGACACGAGGAACACUACGACCGUUAGGAGGGCUACGGCGGGGGAUUCGGACUCGAUUGAGAAUAUUAUUGGUGGGGAUAAGGGUGGUGUUGUGGAAAUGGGGAUUUUGAGGACGGAUGAGGUCGAGUUGACUUAUGAUUCGGAUCCGGGGAUGAAGAAUUAUCAUGCGAAAUAG